AUGGGAGGUGGAAGUUCUGUAGCAUAUCCAUUGAAGAAGGAAGCACCAUUAAAUGGUAUUUUUGCUGCUAUGAGAAAAGCUAAUGGUGGUAAAGUCGGAAACGAAGUUAAAGUAAAGGUUUCAUCAAAAUCAGUUCGUUGCUUUGCUGAUCCAAUGGAUGUUGUUGGUCCUUCAAAUGACAACGAGUGGACAUCAGAAAACGAAGAUAACUCAUGGAUUGAAAUUACUUUUGCUACCAAAAAAGUUGAAUUACAUGGCUACACGUUAAAGACAUUUCAAGGAGGCAAGGGAAGUACACACCCAAGAUCAUGGAAAGUUGAAGUUUCUAAUGAUGGCGUUGAUUACCGCCAAGUUGAUCAAGUUACCGAAACUGAUGAAUUAAAUAACUCAAACAAGACAUUUUCAAAAGUUAUCCAACCAACAGGUCAAUUCAGUAUCGUUAGGUUUACAAUGACAGGCAAGAAUUCCUUCGGAUCCAACUGUUUCACACUUGCCAACAUUGAAUUAUUUGGCAACUUAAAAUAA